AUCAUUUUUACUUGUCAUCGAUAGCCUUCAUUAAAAAAUAUUAUUCUGCAUAUUGUUUUUUACACUUUUAUAAAAACAAAUCAAGAUAGUCGCAAUUUACGAAAGGGAGAACAUUACAAUACUAAGUUUUCGACUUGAAAUGUCAGUGUCUCGGAAGUCUCUUCAGUCUCAUGAAUCGGAAAAUGAUAAAAAUAAUCACAGGAAGAGAUCAGGUAUUCUAAGUCUUUUGGGUCCAAACAAAGGAAGAUUAUUUGGAAGCAACGCGUCAAUUUCUGAUAUGUCUUGCAGCGUACACUUGUUGGACGAUCGCUGCAUGUCCGUUUCAGUAUCGAAUAAAUCCUAUGGGAGAUGUUUACUUGAAGUUGUUUGUGAACGCCUUGAUGUUCUGCCAUAUUUAUCUUAUUUUGGGCUUCGUUAUUCUGACAACAAUGGUAUGCAUCAAUGGAUCAAUUUAAAUGACAAAAUUAGUAAACAACUUAAAGAAGUUAAAGAUUCCACAUUUGGUUUUCGAUUCGUUUAUUAUCCAAACAAUCCGUUGACAUGUUUCCCUAAUGAAUCCAUUCGUUAUCUACUUUUCCUUCAGUUGAGAAGAGAUUUUUAUGUUGGUCGUUUAAGAGCACAAGCAUUAAAGAUUUAUGAAUUGGCAGCAUACGCUAUACAAGCUGAACAUGGUCUCCAGCAGAUUCCUCAAGGUUUUGAUGUGGAUACCAUUCCUGGUGGUAUGCGUGUCCUUCCUCACCUAACAAAAUCGAUUGUACGACGAAUCAAAAAUCAACUUGAACAAAUUAUUGGCAUGUCUAAGACUGAAGCUAUGGAAAAAUUCAUCGAUGAAGCGUCAAAAAUUGAAACCUAUGGCAUGGAACCUUUCCAAGUGCAAGAUCAACGGCAAAAUGGUUUAUGUAUUGGAUUCAAUUAUAAAGGUAUUUCAAUAUUUAAGGAUGGUUGCAGUAUCAAUGAAUUUGAAUGGGCAUUUAUUAAAAACAUUUAUCCAGACAAAAAGAAUUUGGUUUUGGUCGUUAGUGGCAAACCGUUAGAAGAUGAAAGAGAUCUUGUUCUUGGGUUUAAAUGUAAAUCACCUUCAGAAGCCAAAACGAUAUGUUUACGAGCACUCAACUGUAAAACAUUUAACGAAGUACAAUUACAGGAGAUGUCUCUUAUUCCUCGACCUUUUAGAACAUCUACUAUUUUAGCUUAUCGACCAUCAGAAAUAAUUAAUCAAGAUUCUUUUAGUGAUUCAUCUGACAGUCUACAGUAUUCUUCACUCAGAUGUAAAUAUACACCAACGAUAGAUGUUCACACAGAUGUAUCAUCACCAUCAGCUACAACAACAACAACUACAACUACAACAAGUGAACUACGUAAAAAUUCAACUAGUUCCGAAGCAAAUGCCAGUACAACAUGGUCAGUUGAUUUUACACAGUUUAGUGGAAAAGAAUGUAGUGAUUAUACAGACGAUCAAGAUACUGAUAAUCAAGCGAAUCAUAAUAUUAAUAAUAAUGAAGAAGAAGAAAGACACAGAUUAACGAUAUCGUAUUUAGAUCCUCCACCGAAACCGGUGAAUAGAGUUAGUCCAAGGAAUAGUUUUGGUGGAAGUAUGGAAUUACCUAUAACAACGGAUAAAAAACCACAAAUUUCUGAUUUAUCAUGGAAAUGUAAACCGAUACAUCGUUUAGUGAAUUCAUCUUCUAUUAAUGUGAAUAAUGAAAAUGCUAAAUAAAGAAAAAAGUAUAUAUCGAUCUCAAUUUGAUUAUCUCUUCAACCACUUACUACCAAUCAUACUUAACUACAAUAAACACAUUACUUCUGUUCGCUUUCUUUUUGUUGUCUUCAAACAACAUUAAGCACACAACUACACUAACUAUCAUCCAUAAAUUAUUGAUCAUGCUUCAGCGAUCGAUUGAUUGGUUGAUUGACUAAUUUAUCGAUUUUUCUUGUGAAACAUAAUACGACAGACAUGAAUCAUGAUGCAUUCAAUUCCGAUUAUUUUUGUCAUUCUUCCAAGUUCGAUAAUGUGAUGUAUAUCAUUAUUUGUUGUGUAAAACUCCUUUUUUUUUUAAAGAAACCAUAAAAAAAGGCAAUAAAAAAACCAACAAACACACAAUCCAAUAAUUAAUAGAUUUACGUCUUUCAUGAUGUGCAUUGUACAAAAAGAAAAACAUUACUUCAUCUCUCUUCUCUAUUUUGAUGCUUGUCUUUUCUAUUUUCAUUCAUUCGGUUUUUUUUCUCAUAAAUAUAUAAAUUUUUUGCUGAUAGCCUCUACUACUACUACUACCACUACUACUACUACUAUUACUACUACUACUACUACUAUUACUACUAAUACUGCUACGGCACGUUGCAUGAAUCAAUGUAAAGAUUUACGAAUAAAACUGGCCUCAUGAAAUUUUUACCAAUCAUUUGAUUUUUUAUGUGUCUCAUUAUUAUUAUUUUGUACUUUGUUGUAUUUGUUCAACUUGUGCAUUGUUUUUUCUCUUUCAUCAAACAACAAACAGUUGAAUGAAAGGAACAGCAUACUUUUCAUUUAUUUAUUGAUUGAUUUAUUUUCGGAUAAUGACAUUGAACAUUUUCCCAUUGAACUACUGUUUUUAAAACAAGAAAUUAUAAAUCAAUUAAAAAUUGAAAUAAAAUUAAUUUGAUAAGCAUUGACACAUUUUUUUUUCACUUGAUCAUUGAAUGCUUGAAUGUUGUUAAAUCAAGUGAAUAUAUUGUAUUAUUAUUAUUAUUAUUCAAGAAUGAAUAUUCAUAAUUGUAUUUGUAGAUUCUUUUCAGAUUGUCUCUCUUUUUUUUUGUUGAAAAUUUUGCCAGUUGAUUUUAUUAUUUUUUUCUUCUUAACUUUUCAAUCCAAUUUUUUUUAAUUUGUACAUUUCUCGAUAUGUUUUAAAUGAAUUCAAGUGUUACUUUGCGCUUACAGUAUUAACAAUUUCAAUUGAGGAGAUCUGUUUUGAAUAACGAUGAUGAUAAUGUAGGAGAUAGAGAAAUACUCAUUGAUCAUUUGGACCUGUUUAUGCUUUAGGUAUAACACAUUGGUUGAUUUUUCAUUUACUCGUCUUUAAUUUUUGUAUGUUGUGUAAAUGAAAAGAUAAAAUAUGUAAAAAAUAAAUACAAAAAAAUGAAUAAA